UUGGAUAAAAUCCAUAUUCUGGGAACAACAACAACACAGACAUUUAGUCUGUUAAAUGACAUUUACUGUAACUAGAUGCAAGUGUUGUUUAAUCGGAGCCGGGAGCAUCCGGGUUACCUGCAGGAAUGCAGCAGGUGCGGGUUAAAUACCUGCGCCCAGGGGGCGGGGCUUGGUGUCAGUGGCAGAAGCGGCUCCCGACCUUUAGACCAGUAGGAAGGUGGAGAGAAACAAAACGCAGAUAAAACGCAGCGGAGUCCAUAAUGGCCACGGUUCUGACUCAGGACGCCGUCCUGCACUUCAUCCGGAGCAGCGGAGGCUCCGUGAAAAACUCCGACCUGCUCGCGCACUUUAAAAGCUUCAUCCGUGACAACGCGGACCGGGACCGAAACCGGGAGCUCUUCAAGAGGUUCGUCAACUCCGUGGCCACCGUGAGGCAGGAGGACGGGGUGUCCUUAGUCGUCCUCAGGAAGCAGUUCAGAGGCGGCGGGGGUCCCGCGAACCCGCCCCAGGGCUCUGCCGGGAGAGUCGCCGAGGCGCCCCCGCAGAGAACAGACCCGGUCCUGACCGCACACAAACCGCGACCGAAACCGCAGCUUGCGCAAAGCGGGACACACGCCCCGGCGGGAGAAACCGACCUGAGGACAGUCCUACCGGCUGCUGGAAUCACGAUCAACAACAACAACAACAACAACGUGGAGGCGAGUUUGAACGCAAAACAGCUGAACCCGAUCACCGACAGAACCCAGACCUCCAGCCUCUCUGAGCGCCCGUUCCAGGAUCAGCGCCCUAACAAGCAAGGGACCGGGUUGGGUCCCCUUCAUGGCGUCACACCAGUGAACCCAGUAGUCAGACCUCAUGGAGAAAUCAGAGCGCGGGUCCCAGUGGUUCCAGUGGUCACAGAGGACCCACCUGUCAGACCUUAUGGAGAUAUCAGAGCGCGGGUCCCAGUGGUUCCAGUGGUCACAGAGGACCCACCUGUCAGACCUUAUGGAGAUAUUAGAGCGCGGGUCCCAGUGGUCCCAGUGGUCACAGAGGACCCACCAGUCAGACCUUAUGGGGAUAUCAGAGCGCGGGUCCCAGUGGUCCCAGAGGUCCCACCAGUCAGACCUUAUGGAGAAAUUACAGCACGGGUCCCAGUGAUCCCAGUGGCCACAGAAGUCCCAGAGGUCAGACCUCAUGGAGAAAUCAGAGCACGGGUCCCAGUGAUCCCAGUGGCCACAGAAGUCCCAGAGGUCAGACCUCAUGGAGAAAUCAGACCACGGGUCCCAGUGGUCUCAGAGGUCCCACCAGUCAGACCUUAUGGAGAAACCACAGUGCGGUUCCCAGUGGUCCCACCAGUCAGACCUUUUGAAGAAAUCAAAGCGCGGGUCCCAGUGCUCCCUGAGGUCCCACCAGUCAGACCUUAUGGAGAAACCACAGUGCGGGUCCCAGUGAUCCCAGUAGCCACAGAGGUCCCACCAGUCAGACCUUAUGGAGAAACCACAGCGCGAUUCCCAUUGGUCCCAGAGGUCCCACCAGAAAGACCUUUUGAAGAAACCACAGCGCGGGUCCCAGUGAUCCCAGUAGCCACAGAGGUCCCACCAGUCAGACCUUAUGGAGAAACCACAGCGCAGUUCCCAGUGAUCCCAGUAGCCACAGAGGUCCCACCAGUCAGACCUUUUGAAGAAACCACAGCGCAGGUACCAUCGGUACCGGUCCCAGUCAUCCCAGUGGAACCAGUGGUCUCUGUCCCUCCCACCCAUAGAGGAAGGUUGGGCCGUGUGCAGUCUGAAGGAGGUCUUCUCAGUGAUGCUGAGGUCGCCCCUCGGCGCUUCAAGUACAGACAGAGCUACAAGUCUGCUAUGUCUUGUGAUGAUGAAGAGGAGGAGGAGGAGGAGCUGCCGCUGAGACAGAGGUCAGGAGGAGCGGUGUGGCCUGUGAGUGGCGCCCUCACAGACACUGCGAGGACCAUAUCCACGUCCUCGCCGUGCAUCUUAGACCGCCCUGCGCCGCCGCCGGUCUCCUCCACACCCUCUCAAAAGCAGAUGCCAAAGAUAUUCAUCCAGGAUGUAGAAUGGGACGAGACGCUGGUCCCAGAAUCCCUCAGCAGCUCUGAGCCUGGACCGGAACCUGUUUCAGGGGCGUCAGCGUCCAGACGCAGGGCUUCAGAGGCCAAGCGCUGCAGGCCGUCCCCAAAGCCCACGCCCCACCAGGAGGUCCAGGCCCCGGUCCAGGUCCAGGCCCCGGUCCAGGUCCAGGCCCCGGUCCAGGUCCAGGCCCCGGUCCAGGUCCAGGCCCCGGUGGAGCCCAGAGUGCAGCCGUGGUGCGGUCGCAGCAGCAGCAGCUCCAUGCCGGACGCUGAGUUCUCCACUGACUGGCCACCGUCGAGCUCCUCCCAAGGGCGCACGGACAAAACAGCUCAGACCAGACAAGUGCCUCAAAUCCAGGACGUACUCCAACGGGCCCAGAGCGCCACGCUGGAGCCCGUGGAGCAUCCUGCCAGCAGCAGGACCGCUGCGUCGCCGCGGCAACAGUCUGCAGGAGGUCUCCAUGACGACCAGGAGUCUGCAGCCCGCGUGCUGUGCCGCUCCACAGCUGAAGCUGAACAAGUGCCUCAAAUCCAAGACCUGCUUCAACGAGCCCAAGCAUCUAAGUCUGAGCCGGUGACCCGUAACAUGGAGGCAUCAGCCUGGCACUGGUCCGCAGCACAUGACCAGGACGUGCUGCACCGCUCCACAGGGGAUCUGCUCGACACCCGCGACGAGGUGGAGUCCAGCGACGGCUCCGCCUCCACCCCGAACCUCCGGCACCAGCUGGCGCUGCCCAGGGGCCUCAGCCGCCAGGUGAGGGACAGGAUGUGCCGCAGCCUGGGCACGGACCUGGACCAGAUCCAGGACGACGUGGUGGGAGGCAGCGAGGCCGCCAGGCUCAACCGCCUGCACCUCAUCUCCUCCUCGCUCAGCCUCCGCGGCGACUUCUCGUCCUCGCUGUCGUCCUGCUCGACGCCGCCGCGCUGCCACAGCCUGGCGGAGCUGGACGAGGGGGCGGGGCCGAAGGAAGGGAGGAGGAGCCUUCCUGCCAGCGCCGCCCCCUCGGCCAAUCAUCAGGAAGCCCAUGUUAGACAGGCACUGACUCCUCUGGAGCCCAGGGAGCACAGCUGGUACGUGAAGGCAGCAGCAGGCGCCUGGCCCGACAUCUACUCCCUGUUCAGGGAGGACCACUCUCUGCUCAACAAGCAGGACUUCAUCUCUGGCUUCACCGUGCUGCACUGGAUCGCCAAGCACGGCGACCACCGAGUGCUCAACACCCUAUGGUACGGCGUUCAAAAGACGGGUUCGACCUUCAAGGUAAACGCGCGCUCGCAGGGCGGCUACACGCCCCUGCACAUCGCCGCCAUCCACGGCAACAAGAACAUAGCCCGGCUGCUGGUGAAGAACUUCGGCGCCGACGUGAAGCUGCGGGACACGGCCGGGAAGCGGCCCUGGCAGUACCUGGGCCGCGCCGCGACGCCGGACGUCUUCCAGCUGCUGGGGGCACCGGCGCGCGCCGCUCUGCAGGGAACCGGCAUAUCGGACCUGCAGCAGCCGCCAGCGGCGCCGGGCCGCCGCCGCCGGCACCAUCUGUCCACGGCCUCGUCGGGGGAGAGGCCCUCCAUCGUCGCAGGCGCGCCCAAGGUCAAGAGGUCGACGUCGCUGGCAGCGUUCCUCAAACACAAAUCUCUGCUUCCCUUUCAUGGACAGCAGUCGGACUCUAUGGUUUAGGGAGCUCUUAAAUAGGACACUGCUCCUGGAUCAGCACUAGGAGGGGAGAGGCUGCAGGUUGUCUGGUUUUUUAGACCUGCGGGUGAACAGUCAAACACUCUCGCACUGAACAUUUGAGGAAACGGUGCAGCUCAUGGUUCGUGUAGGUUUUACAGCUGUGCUCGGCACUUCUGCUAAUUGUCAGGUCGACUUUCUGGCUUGUGUAAGUUCCUGUUGUGGAUAAACGGAGCCCACACAUGCUUUAAGGUCUGUGUGUCUACCGAUUAAAGGCCCAGACGUUUGCUCAGGCAGCUCACUGCAACCAACCGCAACUGAUAAUGGACUCAUGACUUAUCACCAAGAGCUGAUUUGCAAACGGAGCGGGUCUGUGUUCAGCUUGACCGUCUGAUGUCAUUGCGAGAGCGUUUGAAGUGAAGUAUGACGUCAGAUUCAGGGUUGAAGGGCGAAGGCACAGCUGGUGUGUAAAUGUAAGGUCAUUAACCAAAGAACCAAAAAAAAGGAGUAAUCACUUAGCAUUCAUAGAUAAUUAUGUAAUAACUUGUGAAUUCUGAGUGAGAUUUACCAGAUUUUGCCGUUCUAAAUGUUACUUUUCCAGUAUUUUUGACACCCACUGAUGAAUGUUUACAAUUUGACUAUUAAAAUGUUUUACAGCUUUAACAGAUGCCACAUUUAAACAUCACUGCUCUGUAGUUUGUUUGUCCCAGGUUUGCUGGUCCCUAAAGUAACGAUACAGGGAAGGUCCCUCUGAACACCCAGGACCUCUUGUACCAACAUGUUCAGAGUGUUUGGAGAAAUGCUGGAAGCUGCUGGACAUGUUUGUUCAUGAAUCUGUGUUUAAACAAGCUCUGUGCGUCCUGCUGAGUUCAUUCUGAAACAGCCGGUUCAACCUGUAGUGUUAGUUAUGUAAUAUGUUACUGUACAGUCUCUUACCAACAUAUACAGUUGAGUUCUUCAUGAAUAAUGCACAACAAUAAACCCAAAUAAAAAUAUUGAUAAUAAUAA